GUGAAGAAGAUGGGUGGCUUAGGGCUGCUGGCUAUGGAUGUGCCAGAGGAGUACAAGGGAGCAGGCCUCGACUACCUGGCCUAUUCCAUUGCUGUGGAGGAGAUCAGCAGGGGCUGUGCGUCCACAGGCGUCAUUGUCAGCGUCAAUAAUUCUUUGUAUUUAGGGCCAAUACUCAAGUUUGGCACUGAAGAACAGAAGCACAAGUGGAUUGCUCCCUUCACCAGUGGGGAUAAAAUUGGCUGUUUUGCUCUUAGUGAACCAGGAAACGGCAGUGACGCGGGUGCAGCAUCCACUGUGGCGCGCCUGGAUGGUGACGAGUGGGUUCUGAAUGGCACCAAGGCCUGGAUCACCAACGCCUGGGACGCCUCGGCCGCCGUGGUGUUUGCUACUACAGAUAAAUCCCUGAAACACAAGGGCAUUAGCGCAUUCCUGGUUCCCAUGCCAACUGCUGGGCUGUCACUGGGGAAGAAAGAAGACAAGCUGGGAAUCCGAGCCUCUUCCACUGCCAACCUGAUAUUUGAGGACUGUCGGAUACCCAAGGCCAACCUCCUGGGGCAGCCGGGAAUGGGCUUCAAAAUCGCCAUGCAAACGCUGGAUGCAGGACGGAUUGGUAUUGCCUCACAGGCUCUUGGAAUAGCACAGGCAGCUCUGGACUGUGCUGUGGAUUAUGCUGAAAAGAGAAUGGCCUUUGGGUCGCCCAUCACAAAGCUACAGGCAGUACAGUUUAAGCUAGCCGACAUGGCGCUGGCGUUAGAGGGUGCGCGCUUGCUGACCUGGAGAGCCGCCAUGCUGAAAGACAAUGGGAAGCCCUUCACAAAGGAAGCGGCGAUGGCCAAGCUGGCUGCAUCAGAAGCUGCAACAGCCAUUGCUCAUCAGGCCAUCCAGAUCCUGGGUGGGAUGGGCUAUGUGACAGAGAUGCCAGCAGAACGCCAUUACCGUGACGCUCGUAUCACCGAGAUCUAUGAGGGGACCAGUGAGAUCCAGAGACUGGUGAUAGCAGGUCAACUGCUGAAGGCCUACCGCAGCUGACACCGCCCCAA